CUCAACAACAAAUUUGCCUCCUUCAUCGACAAGGUCCGAUUCCUUGAACAACAAAACAAGGUCCUGGAGACAAAGUGGGCUCUUCUGCAAGAACAGGGGAACAAAACAGUGAGAAUGAACAUUGAGCCCCUGUUUGAGACCUACCUGAAUAACCUCAGGAAGCACCUGAGCAGCCUAAUGACAGAGAAGGAGAACCUGGGAGGGGAGCUGAGCAAGAUGCGGAGCAUUGCUGAGGACUUCAAGAACAAGUAUGAAGAGGAGCUCAACAAGCACACAGAUGUCGAGAACGAGUUUGUGACCCUGAAGAAGGAGGCGGACACUGCCUACCUGGAGAAGACAAAGCUGCAGGCCACGCUGGAUUCACUCACAGAGGAGAUUGACUUCUUCAGAGCCCUCUACGAAGCUGAGCUGUCCCAGAUGCAGAGCAAGAUCUCUGACACCUCUGUUAUCCUGACCAUGGACAACAACCGUAGCCUUGACAUGGAGGGCAUCAUCGCUGAGGUGAAGGCGCAGUACGAGGACAUCGCCAACCGAGCCGAGGCCGAGUCCUGGUACCAGUCCAGG